AUGGAGGACCCCAAAGUCAAGGCCCACCAAGGAGUUCACACAGGAGAGAAAUCAUACAUAUGUAAUGUGUGUGGUAAAGGCUUCACUCUGAGUUCAAAUCUUCAAGCCCACCAGAGAGUCCACACUGGAGAGAAACCAUAUAAAUGUGAGCAGUGUGGGAAGAAUUUCAGGAGGAACUCUCAUUACCAAGUUCAUUUGCUGAUCCAUACUGGUGAGAAACCAUAUAAAUGUGAAGACUGUGGAAAGGGCUUUAGUCGUAGAGCAGAUCUUAAAAUUCAUUGUAGGAUCCACACAGGCGAGAAACCAUAUCAUUGUGAGGAAUGUGGGAAAGUCUUCAGGCAGGCCUCAAAUCUUUUGGCCCACCAGAGAGUCCACAGUGGAGAAAAACCAUUUAAAUGUGAAGAGUGCGGGAAGAGCUUUGGUCGGAGUUCACACCUUCAAGCCCAUCAGAGAGUCCAUAUGGAAGAAAAGCCAUACACAUGUGAGAAGUGUGGGAAGGGCUUCAAGUGGAGUUUGAACCUUGACAUGCACCAAAGGGUCCACACAGGAGAGAAACCCUACAAGUGUGGGGAAUGUGGGAAGUACUUCAGUCAGGCCUCAAGUCUCCAACUUCAUCAGAGUGUCCACACUGGAGAGAAACCAUACAGAUGUGAUGUGUGUGGUAAAGUCUUUAGUCGAUCUUCACAAUUACAGUCUCACAAGAGAGUCCACACAGGGGAGAAACCGUACCAGUGUGAGAUAUGUGGUAAGAGCUUCAGCUGGAGAUCAGAUCUCACCAUUCAUCACAGAACUCAUGCUAGUGAACAAUUAUCUAAAUGUGGUCAGAGCAGUAAGAACAUCAGAGAGUCCACACAGGGGAGAAGCUCUCUACAAAACGAUUUUGAAAAGACCUAA